AAUGAAAGCUUGGAACCAGGUAGACCAGCUGUGUCUGUCGGCGAAUAACCAAGCACACCCAUAAGCACCCUCUUAGCUCUUUCUCUCUCUUCAAACUUUUCAAUUCAGUAGUGACAUAGUUAGAGAGAGAGAGUGUCUUCAAAGUUCAAGCUCUUCAAUUCAGUUGUGACAUAGUUAGAGAGAGAGAGUGCGUGGGUUUGUGUUGUACUAGUACUUUGUUUUUUUCCUUCAACUUGUGAACAAAGGUUGAAGCUUUCAAUCAUCUUCUUUGCAAAUUCUGAGAAAAUCAUCAUGGGUAUGCUAUUAUUGCCCAUUGUUGCUGUCAAGGGACUAAUGAGGGACAGUGGAACGAAACUAUAGCAGAGUGUAGAGGAGGAUGAGAAGAAAUCCACACGGUAUUUGAGUUGCAAAUGAUUCUAAUCUAUUGAGGAAGCAAUGUAGAACAAGGUUGUUGCAACACUGGGUGGAAAAGAACUAUGGCUAGGACUACUAGUUUUUGAGGCUUAGAAAAUGGUUUCAAUUUGAGACGUGGGAAGUGGGGAAUGGUGUGAGAUUGGUUGCUGCUUGCUAGUUAUUGGUUUUUGUUGGUUUUCUUCUUUUUGCUUGUGUUGUUUCGGGGGUUGAGGAAUUGAGUGUUGGUGGAUCGAGCGCAAUGGAGUCUCGGAUGGAUCAGUAUGAGAUCAUGGAGCAGAUCGGUCGAGGAGCAUUUGGAGCUGCUAUUCUUGUUAAUCACAAGGCUGAGAAGAAGAAAUAUGUGUUGAAAAAAAUCAGGCUUGCAAGGCAGACUGAACGAUGCAGAAGAUCUGCUCAUCAAGAAAUGGCUCUUAUUGCUCGAAUCCAGCAUCCUUACAUUGUGGAAUUCAAGGAGGCAUGGGUUGAGAAGGGUUGCUAUGUCUGCAUUGUGACUGGAUACUGUGAAGGUGGAGACAUGGCUGAAUUGAUGAAAAAAUUAAACGGUGCUUACUUUCCUGAGGAGAAACUCUGCAAAUGGUUCACUCAAUUACUGUUGGCAGUGGAAUACCUGCAUUCAAAUUUUGUUUUACAUCGUGACCUAAAGUGUUCCAACAUCUUUCUUACCAAGGAUCAGGAUGUUCGCCUAGGGGAUUUUGGGCUUGCUAAGACACUAAAAGCAGAUGAUUUGGCAUCUUCGGUGGUAGGAACUCCUAAUUACAUGUGCCCUGAACUGCUUGCUGAUAUUCCGUAUGGAUUCAAAUCUGAUAUUUGGUCACUAGGGUGCUGUAUAUACGAGAUGGCUGCUCAUCGCCCCGCUUUUUAAGCUUUUGAUAUGGCAGGAUUGAUAAGCAAGAUAAACCGUUCUUCCAUUGGCCCUUUGCCUCCAUGUUAUUCCCCUUCGUUGAAAACAUUGAUAAAGGGCAUGCUAAGAAAAAAUCCUGAGCAUCGGCCAACAGCAUCUGAGGUGUUAAAGCACCCCUAUUUGCAGCCUUAUGUUGACCAAUAUCGUCCAUCUUUCAGUCCUCCAACAACCUGUUCUCCUGAAAAACCAAUUUCUGCUGUCAAUGAUCCUCGAAAAAAUAUGGCUGAAAGCCAAAACAGCAAUAGUUCAAGUAGUGACAAAGAUAGUUUGAUGUCAAAUGAGAAAAACAUUGCAACAGCAGUACCUAAGUGUGAUAACAAAGCCACUGAGACAGAUCAAAUAUCAAUUGAUGAUGAUGGCUCAGACGAAGAAAAUGGCUCUAGUAAUGCCAUUGCCAAUACCAAAACAGCUGAGCAAGAGGUGAUGAAACCAUCUCAUAAUGAACACCACUCUAAUGUUGAAUCUAAGCAGCCAAAAACAAUUAGAAACAUAAUGAUGGCAUUGAAAGAAGGAAAAGUUAGAGAAGCAACUUCUCCAAUGAGAGGCAAUCGCAUAAAGCCUGGCGGUGUACCAACACAGAAAAUAAGCACAGAAACAUUGUCUAAAUUGCCUAAACCUAAUUUUAUUGCUCCAAGUGUGAAGCCUAAUUUAGAUUCACCAACUGUUGCACUUGCAAGGGCAACCCCCGACUCUGCAAAAAGAAUGCAGGGAUCACAUCAUUCAAAGCAUCAGUUGCUGAUGACAGAAGCCUCACCAAAAGUUAAACCUAGACAUGAUUUGACUCCACCAUCUGGACAUGUCAAACAAGUAGAAGGAGAUGGAGUUCCUCCCAAACCAAGGCAAAGGACUCCCCCAAGCUUACUUAGAAGACCUUCAUUUUCUGGAAGAAUGAGGCUGGCUGGAAUAGAUGUUCCAAAUGUAGCAAAUGAUACUGGGAAGCUAGGCACAAAUAAAGUAUCCCUGGAACCUGAGAUGAGCCAUUAUCAAUUGGCCAAUGGCAAUUUACCACAUAUUUCUAGACAGGUUACUAGAGAGCCUCAUAAGGCUUUUGAAAGAAGUUCCAAAGGAAUGCAGACAGACAGCAGCAAUUCUGCCUCAUCUUCAGUUUCUAUACAAGGAUGUGAACUUGCUGAUGAUGCAACAACUUUUAUUGACAUGAGAGAACAGCAGACACUUCCUGAUCAUGAGAAUGUAAACCAUAUUGUAGGUGUGGAAUCAUGUCCUGACAGUGUGCCACCAACAACUUGUGCACAUUGUAAGAUGGUUGAAAAAGUUCCUAAAGAAACCUGUGGGGUUACCAUGAAUUUUCAGAAUACUAGUAGUAGUAAUGAGAAAGUGAGUUCCAGUUUAACUCGAGAUCACCAUGUUGAAGAUUCCAAGCUAACACUUGCUUCAGAAGGUGGUCUUGUUAUAAACCAGACAACUAUAUCUACUUGUGAUAAUAGAUCUGCAGACCUAUCUGCUGAAGCCAACAAAGAAAUCAAUGAUUUUCAAGAUAUUUCCAAGGAAAUGCCUUUAACCAAGUCUCCCAAACAAGCACCCCCAAGUUCUGGAGAAAAGUCUGUUCAUGUAGAAGUUAGUCCAGUUAGUGAGCCUGAUAUAGUUAGCCAGCCAAGACUUGGAUGCAAAUCUCCUGGUGAUGACAAAUUCACAGUGAGGGAGCAUCUGUCACCGGUGGCUGAAACUGUUCCUGUGGUUACCACCACUAAAUUAUCAGGACAGAAAGUUUUGCAAGAUACAGGAACUGUGUUGCAGAAUCCAGCAUCAGAAAGGCCUGAUACCGGCCAUCUUCCUCCAGCCUUUGAUGAUGUUAUCCAUGUCAUACGCCACAGUAGUUACCGCGUUGGAAGUGAGCAGCCAGUAAAGGAAUCUGUCGAGAUGGGAGUUCAAAAUGUAGAUGUUGGCAAGUUUAUCAAUGUUGUGAGGGAUGAUCUAGAAAUGAGGAACAUAACCUCACCUUUGACCCUCAAAUCUUCAAGUUGCUCUGAUGUUACAACCUUGAAAUCAAAUAUUUCUGAUCAGAUGGAAAUGAACAACUUGAACACUCCUCCCGUCCUUAAAUCUUCAAGUUUCUCUGAUACUUCUAGCUUGAAAUCAAGCAUUUCUGAUCAUCCUGGUUACAAGGAACAAGAUGUGAGUAUCCCUCCUUCUUCAGUUUCAGAACCUGAUUCUGCUGAGCUCAGUAAAUGCACCACACCUAUGAAUGAAGACAAACUACCAGCAAAGGAAACAUUGGAUGUGAAAUCUUUCAGGCAGAGAGCAGAGGCACUUGAAGAGCUCUUGGAGUUGUCUGCAGAGUUGCUGCAGCAAAACAGAUUGGAGGAACUUCAAGUUGUUCUGAAGCCCUUUGGGAAAGACAAGGUGUCUCCCAGGGAGACAGCCAUUUGGUUAGCCAAGAGUCUCAAAGGAAUGAUGUCUGAGGAAAGUGGUGGACGCUCAUCAUGAGCUUCAUCAUCAUAACAAAAACUGUGUGGUGCUGUUAAAGGCACAUAACAACGCACCGCGCCAAAAUUGCACUUGCCUACACUAGCUAGCAUCAUUGAUAAGACAAACCCUUCUUCCAAAACCAAAACUAAUGCCUCCAACCAACAAUAACACCGCGACAAGAACUGGCCAUGACAACUCCUUUAUCCGCAGCCUCCGGUUGGUGGUGGUUAUCAUCUUUGUCAUCGUGAUGGCCAUCAUCAGCAUAGCAUGGCUCGUCAUGCAUCCGCGUGAUCCUGGUUUUGGGGUGACGUCACUUUCUGUGACCAACUUCAACGUCUCGGAUUCGCAGGUACGAGGUAGGUACGAGGUGGUGCUAACCGUAACAAACCCGAGCAAGAUCAAAACCGAAGUGGUGCUUCACCGUGCAGCCAUGCUUUAUGGUCAAGAGUGGAACUCAGUGGCCGAAGUGCAACAACAAAGCGUGUUCGUCGAGAAGUUGACCAACAAGAGUGUGAAGGUUGACUUGGAAGUGAAGGAUCCGCACGAGAAAGUGGUGCCUGAGGUUCUGGUUAAGGACUGGAACAAAGGGGUGGUUAACUUUAACGUGGUGUUGAAUGUUAUGGUUAGAUUCCAAGCUGGAAUAUGGCCAAGCAAGGAUAAGUUGUUGGAAGUUCGGUGUAAGGAUCUUGAUGUGGAGUUCUUCUCUCCAACAAAAGACACUGGCAAGCUUUUGGGCAUAGGAAAGCACUGCAACACUGAGAAUAAAGUGGGGCAUGAUUAGGAGAUAUUAGAAAUUAUCGGUCAAAACUUACAGUUUCUGUGCGUUAUUGUUAGCAUUGUUUUCCGAUUAGAAUCUAAGUAUUAUAUCGGUAACAGGAUCAACAAUAACUAUCACCCUAUAAGUUUUAUAUAAAAUUAUUAGGAUUUUAGAGUUUUAAAUUUAGGAUUUAGGAUUUAGGAUAGUAUAUUCAAUGAUAUCUUGUAAAUAGAAAAAAUUGAUUGCAUAUCACGUAGAAAGUGGUUAGCACCAUAUGAAUACAUGGGGAUGUGACUAGAAAUUUAUUGAAA